AUGUUUGUACCCUCCUGCUUUCCGCCCGUCCAUCUGUCUGUGCAGGGUCUGAAGCCCCAGACGCGGUCCGUGGUUAACUCCCUCCUCUCAGGGGCCUUAGCUGGAGCCUUGGCCAAAACAGCCGUGGCCCCGCUGGAUAGAACCAAGAUCAUCUUCCAAGGUAGGCGGCAACACAUCUCACAUGCUUUUGGAAUAGUGAGGAUUCAAUUAUUUUUUUAUUUUCAAUGUCAUACAUUUUUGUCUAUUUAUUUCCUUCAUUUUAGUGUCCUCAGCAAGAUUCUCUGCCAAGGUGAGUUGUUUAACCCAUGUACUGUAUAACAUUAAUUUGAUGAUGAUUCAUAAUUCACCUUUGUGAUUAUUGCGAUACUGUUGAUGAUGAUGCUGUUUAUGAUGAUGAGAAUGAACCCCAUGCUGUUGGUCCACCCCCAGGAGGCGUACAGGUUGAUCUAUCGGACCUACCUGAAGGAUGGCUUCCUCAGCCUAUGGAGGGGCAACUCUGCCACCAUGGUGCGGGUCAUCCCGUACGCUGCCAUUCAGUUCUGUGCCCACGAGCAGUACAAGAGACUACUGGGAGGAUACUUCGGCUUCCAGGGCAAGUGAGUACCCAUCCAUAUACAGUGAAGGAAAAAAGUAUUUGAUCCCCUGCUGAUUUUGUACGUUUGCCCACUGACAAAGACAUGAUCAGUCUACAAUUUUAAUGGUAGGUUUAUUUGAACAGUGAGAGACAGAAUAACAACAAAAAAAUCCCAUAGAAAAAAGACUACUAGCAGGAGGAAUGUAAUGCUAACUAGCAAGCCUGUAGUUAACGUUAAUUGUUAACGGUGUCACACUUCUGAAGGUCACAAGUCAGUAGCUAGCCAGCUAGCUACAGUGCAUUCGGAAAGUAUUCAGACCCCUUGACUUUUUCCACAUUGUGUUAAGUUACAGCCUUAUUCUAAAAUUGAUUAAAAAAACAAAAAUGUCCUCAUCAAUCUACACACAAUACCCCAUAAUGACAAAGCGAAAAACAGGUUUUUAGAAAUUUUUGCAAAUGUAUUGCAAAUAAAACACAGAACUUAUUUACGUAAGUAUUUAGAGCCUUUGCUUUGAGACUUGAAAUUGAGCUCAGGUGCAUCCUGUUUCCAUUGAUCAUCCUUGAGGUGUUUCAUCAACUUGAUUGGAGUCCACCUGUGGUCAAUUCAAUUGAUUGGACAUGAUUUGGAAAGGCACACACCUGUCUAUAAGGUCCCACAGUUGACAGUGCAUGUCAGAGCAAAAACCAAGCCAUGAGGUCGAAGGAAUUGUCCGUAGAGGUCCGAGACAGGAUUGUGUCUGCAGCAUUGAAGGUCCAAGAACCCGAUGGUCACUCUGAUAGAGCUCCAGUGUUCCUCUUGAGAUGGGAGAAGCUUCCAGAAGGACAAUCAUCUCUGCAGCAGUCUACCAAUCAGGCAUUUAUUGUAGAGUGGCCAGGCGGAAGCCACUCUUCAGUAAAAGGCAAAUGACAGCCCGCUUGGAGUUUUCCAAAAGGCACCUCAGACCAUGAGAAACAAGAUUUUCUGGUCUGAUGAAACCAAGAUUGAACUCUUUGGCCUGAAUGCCAAUCGUCACAUCUGGAGGAAAUCUGGCACCAUCCCUACGGUGAAGCAUGGUGGUGGCAGUAUCAUGCUGUGGGGAUGUUUUUCAGGGACUGGGAGACUAGUCAGGAUCAAGGGAAAGGUGAACGAAGAAAAGUACAGAGAGAUCCUUGAUGAAAACCUGCUCCAGAGCGCUCAGGACCUUGGACUGGGGCGACAGUUCACCUUCCAACAGGACAACAACCCUAAGUACAUAGCCAAAGCAGGAGUGGCAUCGGGACAAGUCUCUGAAUGUCCUUGAGUGGGCCAGCCAGAGCCCGGACUUGAAGCUGAUCGAACAGCUCUGGAGAGACCUGAAUAUUGGGGGGGGCACUGGAAAUUAAUACAAAAAACAACGUUUUAAGUUAAAUAUGUCUAAAGCCGAAAAAGACAUGACAUUCAAACGCUAAUUUGACCUAUGCACUAACAAGGCUUUUCAGCAAAAGCAGGUUGACUAUUGCUAGAGUACUGUAGCUUUAUUGAUCUACUGUACUUCAACAACAGAUGUACUCACGUUGGAUGGGUUGAUUUAAACUGUCAUGGUCAAAACAUGUUGAUACAACAGUAGCUAAGAUGAGGAGAAGUCUGUCCGUAAAUAAAGCGCUGCUCUGCCUUUUUAACAACACUAUCAACAAGGCAGGUCCUAAAGGCUCUAGUUUUGUCGCACCUGGACUACUGUUCAGUCGUGUGGUCAGAUGCCACAAAGGGGGACCUCAGAAAAAUUACAAUUGGCUCAGAUCAGUGCAGCUGGCCCUUAAAUGUACACGGAGAGCUAACAUGAAUAGCUGUAAAUCUCUCGUGGCUCAAAGUGGAGGAGAGAUUGAUAUCACUAUUUGUAUUUGUGAGAAGUAUUGACAUGUUGAAUGCACCGAACUGUCUGUUUAAACAUCUAGCAUACAGCUGACAGCCAUACAUACCCCACAAACAUGCCACCAAAGGUCUCUUCACAAUCCCUAAGUCAAGAACAGACUAUGGGAGGCGCACAGUACUACAUAGAGCCAUGGCUACAUGGAACUCUAUUCCACAUCAGGUAACUGAUGCAAGCAGUAGAAUCAGAUUUUUUAAAAACAUAUAAAAAUACACCUUAUGGAACAGCGGGGACUGUGAAGCGACACGCACACACAGAGGCACACACAGAGGCACAGACACACAUACAGAUGAUAAGACACUCACUACACACACGUACAGUUGAAGUCGGAAGUUUACAUACACUUAGGUUGGAGUCAUUAAAACUUGUUUUUCAACCACUCCACACAUUUCUUGUUAACAAACUGUCGGUUAGGACAUCUUCUUUGUGCAUGACACAAGUAAUUUUUCCAACAAUUGUUUACAGACAGAUUAUUUCACUUAUAAUUCACUGUAUCACAAUUCCAGUGGGUCAGAAGUUUACAUACACUAAGUUGACUGUGCCUUUUAAACAGCUUGGAAAAUUCCAGAAAAUGAUGUCAUGGCUUUAGAAGCUUCUGAUAGGCUAAUUGAUUUCAUUUGAGUCAAUUGGAGGUGUACCUGUGGAUGUAUUUCAAUGCUUACCUUCAAACUCAGUGCCUCUUUGCUUGACAUCAUGGGAAAAUCAAAAGAAAUCAGCCAAGACCUCAGAAAAACAAUUGUAGUCCUCCACAAGUCUGGUUCAUCCUUGGGAGCAAUUUCCAAACGCCUGAAGGUACCACGUUCAUCUGUACAAACAAUAGUACGCAUGUAUAAACACCAUGGGACCACGCAGCCGUCAUACCGCUCAGGAAGGAGACGCAUUCUGUCUCCUAGAGAUGAACGUACUUUGGUGCGAAAAGUGCAAAUCAAUCCCAGAACAACAGCAAAGGACCUUGUGAAGUUGCUGGAGGAAACAGGUACAAAUUAUAUAUACCCACAGUAAAACUAGUCCUAUAUCGACAUAACCUGAAAGGCCGCUCAGCAAGGAAGAAGCCACUGCUCCAAAACCACUAUUAAAAAGAUAGACUACGGUUUGCAACUGCACAUGGGGAGAAAGAUCUUACUUUUUGAGAAAUGUCCUCUGGUCUGAUGAAACAAAAAUAGAACUGUUUGGCCAUAAUGACCAUCGUUAUGUUUGGAGGAAAAAGGGGGGUUCCUUGCAAGCCGAAGAACACCAUCACAACCGUGAAGCACGGGGGUGGCAGCAUCAUGCUGUGGGGGUGCUUUGCUGCAGGAGGAACUGGUGCACUUCACAAAAUAGAUGGCAUCAUGAGGAAGGAAAAGUAUGUGUAAAUAUUGAAGCAACAUCUCAAGACAUCAGUCAGGAAGUUAAAGCUUGGUCGCAAAUGGGUCUUCCAAAUGGACAAUGACCUUCCAAAGUUGUGGCAAAAUGGCUUAAGGCCAACAAACUCAAGGUAUUGGAGUGGCCAAUACAAAGCCCUGACCUCAAUCCUAUUGAUCAUUUGUGGGCAGAACUGAAAAAGCGUGUGCGAGCAAGGAGGCCUACAAACCUGAUGUUUGUAUGUAAACUUCUGAAUUCAACUGUACACGUGGAUUUUGUAUUGUAGAUAUGUGAUAGUAGAGUAGUGGCCUGAGGGAACAUGAUUAAUGUGUUGUGAAAAGUGUUAUGAAAUGUAAUGUUAUGUAAUAUUUUAAAUUGUGUACAACUGCCUUAAUGUUGCUGGACCCCAGGAAGAGUAGCUGCUGCCUUGGCAGGAACUAAUGGGGAUCCUUAAUAAAUACAAAGUAGGAUUCAAACCUUUUCUCAAACAGCCCAAUACAUACUCCUAGAGUAGGUUUACCACAUUUAAUGUACUUGGUCAGGUCAACUUGUUUUUUCAUGUAAGACACACAUGCAAUCUUGAUCUUGAUCAAAUCUUGAUAUGUUGGUUCUUAAAAUGUCAAUCGGCAUUUCAAAGAACAACAAAGCCAUCACCCUGCCACUGUUUUGGUAAAAAGCUGAAGAAUAGGGGUGGUGGAUAAACAUCUUUAUUUCAUUCAAGUCUCAGUUUUUGAUUAUUAUUUUAUUUUUAUUUUUUGACAGUGUGCGGGGCUCCAUCUCUUCCAGAAUUGGGGGUGGAGAAAUGUAACCAUUCUGAAAUUCAUCGGUAGAGCUAUGGAUACAAAAUGACAAUUUAAACCAUAUUCAGAGGCUAAACAGUUUUUGUCUAAAAUUACAUUGUUUGCAACAGUUGAGUAAAACAAGCAUAUAUUUUGGGUUCUGAUUGGGUAUGACAAUUGGACUAAGCUCAUGAGGCAUUUAUUAUAUAAGUUACAUUCUUCAAGAAUCAAUGGGUGUGUGUGUGUGUGUGUGUGUAAUUUAAAAGUAAAAUAGUUAAUGAAGCAAUCACAGAUUGACCCUUUAAAAACUUAAAUCGAGUAGUGGUUUAACUGAAUGACUACCGAGACAGAAUAUAAUAAGGAAUUUUAUUUAAUUGUUUUGGUUAGGCCUCGUCUCCGAGGAAUGCUCCCCAGAGCCAGAUGCUGAUGACAGGUUGCCCUAUGCUGGGCAGCAGGCAUCGAAACCUGCCUGCUGGGGGAAAGGAGUUUCAAUGACGGGCCUUAAGGUUAUUAUGCUGGUGGUGGUGGGGAGGUGGAAGGUCGUUGGAAGACUGUUGCUGCCAAACAACAAGUGGGAGACACAAGGUUCGAGUUGACAUAUAAAUACUCCCCUAGAGUCAUGCCCAUUGGUUGAAAGAAAGGAUAGUGAUUAUUCACGAGUGAGCCAAUAGGUUAAUCAGCAACCGUGGUGGAAUUGCCAGGAAGAGAGAUGUGGCGCUAAGCUGACGAGGUAACAUUAUGACACUAUCCUAUAUAUACAGUGGGGGAAAAAAAGUAUUUAGUCAGCCACCAAUUGUGCAAGUUCUCCCACUUAAAAAGAUGAGAGAGGCCUGUAAUUUUCAUCAUAGGUACACGUCAACUAUGACAGACAAAAUAAUAAUAUAAUAAUAAUAUGCCAUUUAGCAGACGCUUUUAUCCAAACGACUUACAGUCAUGUGUGCAUACAUUUUUACGUAUGGGUGGUCCCGGGGAUCGAACCCACUACCCUGGCGUUACAAGAGCCAUGCUCUACCAAUUGAGCUACAGAGGACCACAGGGAUUAAAAAAUUAUCCUGAAAUCUGAAAUCCAGAAAAUCACAUUGUAGGAUUUUUAAUGAAUUUAUUUGCAAAUUAUGGUGGAAAAUAAGUAUUUGGUCAAUAACAAAAGUUUCUCAAUACUUUGUUAUAUACCCUUUGUUGGCAAUGACACAGGUCAAACGUUUUCUGUAAGUCUUCACAAGGUUUUCACACACUGUUGCUGGUAUUUUGGCCCAUUCCUCCAUGCAGAUCUCCUCUAGAGCAGUGAUGUUUUGGGGCUGUCGCUGGGCAACACGGACUUUUAACUCCCUCCAAAGAUUUUCUAUGGGGUUGAGAUCUGGAGACUGGCUAGGCCACUCCAGGACCUUGAAAUGCUUCUUACGAAGCCACUCCUUCGUUGCCCGGGCGGUGUGUUUGGGAUCAUUGUCAUGCUGAAAGUCCCAGCCACGUUUCAUCUUCAAUGCCCUUGCUGAUGGAAGGAGGUUUUCACUCCAAAUCUCACGAUACAUGGCCCCAUUCAUUCUUUCCUUUACACGGAUCAGUCGUCCUGGUCCCUUUGCAGAAAAACAGCCCCAAAGCAUGAUGUUUCCACCCCCAUGCUUCACAGUAGGUAUGGUGCAACUCAGCAUUCUUUGUCCUCCAAACACGACGAGUUGAGUUUUUACCAAAAAGUUCUAUUUUGGUUUCAUCUGACCAUAUGACAUUCUCCCAAUCCUCUUCUGGAUCAUCCAAAUGCACUCUAGCAAACUUCAGACGGGCCUGGACAUGUACUGGCUUAAGUAGGGGGACACGUCUGGCACUGCAGGAUUUGAGUCCCUGGCGGCGUAGUGUGUUACUGAUGGUAGGCUUUGUUACUUUGGUCCCAGCUCUCUGCAGGUCAUUCACUAGGUCCCCCCGUGUGGUUCUGGCAUUUUUGCUCACCGUUCUUGUGAUCAUUUUGACCCCACGGGGUGAGAUCUUGCGUGGAGCCCCAGUUCGAGGGAGAUUAUCAGUGGUCUUGUAUGUCUUCCAUUUCCUAAUAAUUGCUCCCACAGUUGAUUUCUUCAAACCAAGCUGCUUACCUAUUGCAGAUUCAGUCUUCCCAGCCUGGUGCAGGUCUACAAUUUUGUUUCUGGUGUCCUUUGACAGCUCUUUGGUCUUGGCCAUAGUGGAGUUUGGAGUGUGACUGUUUGAGGUUGUGGACAGGUGUCUUUUAUACUGAUAACAAGUUCAAACAGGUGCCAUUAAUACAGGUAACGAGUGGAGGACAGAGGAGCCUCUUAAAGAAGAAGUUACAGGUCUGUGAGAGCCAGAAAUCUUGCUUGUUUGUAGGUGACCAAAUACUUAUUUUCCACCAUAAUUUGCAAAUAAAUUCAUUAAAAAUCCUACAAUGUGAUUUUCUGGAUUUUUUUUCUCUCAAUUUGUCUGUCAUAGUUGACGUGUACCUAUGAUGAAAAUUACAGGCCUCUCUCAUCUUUUUAAGUGGGAGAACUUGCACAAUUGGUGGCUGACUAAAUACUUUUUUCCCCCCACUGUACCUGCCAUGCUGAUGAGUGAGAUAGGAAGCGGUGUGAAUUAUGAAUUUACUAGAUUAAGGAAAAGUGCGUUACUUCAUUGUGUAUAACCGGAAACAACAAGCAUGUAUUGCUUUAAAAUAUGUUUAAAAGCUGUCAACUACCUUGUCCAUUUACCAUCUGAGUAGGCUUAUGUAUUAGGCUAGGUCAAAUGUAGGGUUAAGGAGUGGUUUUGCCGACACAGAUUACACCUAGUCCUUGACUAUAAAUCAUUUUGUCUGGAGAUUUUCAGUUGAUCUUACUUUGUAGUCCAGGACUAGGUCUAAUCUGUGUCCGGGAAACCCUCCCGAUAAUGUUUAAAUGAGUGGAAUGGGAUGUCGUCUUGCAUGAAAAAACAUGUUUACAUGACCAAUUACAUUAAUGGGUAAACCUCCUCUAAGAGAAUGUAUUAGGCUGUUUGAGAGAUGGUUUGAAUCCUAAUCAACCCAUCCAAUGUGAGUACAUCUGUUGUUGAAGCACAGUAGAACAAUACAACUACAGUACUCUAGCAGUAGUCAAGAUGCUUAUGCUGAAAAGCCUUUAGUGCUUAGGUCAAAUUAGCUUUUCCAUCUCCUGUCUUUUUCGGCUUCAGACAAAAGCUAAUAUUUCACUUAAAAUAGGGUCCUCAUAAGCUAACUUGUGGAACACACUGGAAGUGUCUGCUGUUUUCUCCAGGUUUCUCAGGCCUGGCUCAGAGUCUAGGUAGUCAAAGAUUGUCAAAUCAGGCCCUUAUCUAUCCUGUGUACUGUGUUCCAGAGCCCUGCCGCCGGUGCCAAGGUUACUGGCGGGUUCCAUGGCCGGUACCACAGCUGCCAUGCUCACCUACCCUCUGGACAUGGUGCGAGCCAGGAUGGCCGUCACGCCCAAGGAGAUGUAAGACAACUACCCCUACCCCUGAGAGCACGCACACACAUACAGGACCAGUCAAAAGUUUGGACACACCUACUCAUUCAAGGGUUUUUCUUUAUUUGUACUAUUUUUUACAUUGUAGAAUAAUAGUGAAGACAUCAAAACUAUGAAAUAACACAUAUGGAAUCAUGUAGUAACCAAAAGUGUUUUAACAAAUCAAAAUAUAUUUUAUAUUUGAGAUUCUUCAAAUAGCCACCCUUUGCCUUGAUUUGCACACUCUUGGCAUUCUCUCAACCAGCUUCAUGAUGUAGUCACCUGGAAUGCAUUUCAAUUAACAGGUGUGCCUUGUUAAAAGUUAAUUUGUGGAAUUUCUUUCCUUCUUAAUGCGUUUGAGCCAAUCAGUUGUGUUGUGACAAGGUAAGGGGGGUAUACAGAAGAUUAGCCCUAUUUGGUAAAAUACCAAGUCCUUAUUAUGGCAAGAUCAGCUCAAAUAAGCAAAGAGAAAUGACAGUCCAUCAUUACGUUAAGACAUUAAGUCAGUCAAUAGCUCAGUUGGUAGAGCAUGGCGCUUGCAAAGCCAGGGUUGUGGGUUUGUUUCCCACAGGGGGCCAGUAUGAAAAAAUGUAUGCACUCACUAACUGUAAGUCGCUCUGGAUAAGAGUGUCUGCUAAAUUACAAAAAUGUCAAUACGGAAAAUUUCAAGAACUUUGAAAGUUUCUUCAAGUGCAGUCGCAAAAACCAUCAAGCGCUAUGAUAAAACGGGCUCUCAUGAGGACCGCCUCAGGAAUGGAAGACCCAGAUUUACCUCUGAUGCAGAGGAUAAGUUCAUUAGUUACCAGCCUCAGAAAUUGCAGCUGAAAUAAAUGCUUCACAGAGUUCAAGUCACAGACACAUCUCAACAUCAACUGUUCAGAGGGCACUGUGAACCAGGCCUUCAUGGUCGAAUUGCUGCAAAGAAACCACUACUAAAGGACACCAAUAAGAAGAAGAGACCUACUUGGGCCAAGAAACACGAGCAAUGGACAUUAGACCGGUUGAAAUUUGUCCUUUGGUCUGGAGUCCAAAUUGGAGAUUUUUGGUUCCAACCGCCGUGUCUUUGUGAGACGCGGUGUGGGUGAAUGGAUGAUCUCCGCAUGUGUAGUUCCCACUGUAAAGCAUGGAGGAUGUGGUGUUAUGGUGUGGGGGUGCUUUGCUGGUGACACUGUCUGUGAUUUAUUUAGAAUUCAAGUCACACUUAACCAGCAUGGCUACCACAGCAUUCUGCAGCGAUACGCCGUCCCAUCUGGUUUGGGCUUAGUGGGACUAUAAUUUGUUUUUCAACAGGACAAUGACCCAACACACCUCCAGGCUGUGUAAGGGCUAUAUUACAAAGAAGGAGAGUGAUGGAGUGCUGCAUCAGAUGACCUGGCCUCCACAAUCCCCCGACCUCAACCCAAUUGAGAUGGUUUGGGAUGAGUCGGACGGCAGAGUGAAGGAAAAGCAGCCAACAAGUGCUCAGCAUAUGUGGGAACUCCUUCAAGACUGUUGGAAAAGCAUUCCAGGUGAAGCUGGUUGAGAGAAUACCAAGAGUGUGCAAAGCUGUCAUCAAGGCAAAGGGUGGCUAUUUGAAGAAUCUAAAAUAUAAAAUAUAUUUUGAUUUGUUUAACACUUUUUUGGUUACUACAUUAUUCCAUAUGUGUUAUUUCAUAGUUUUGAUAUCUUCACUAUUAUUCUACAAUGUAGAAAAUAGUAAAAAUAAAGAAAAACCCUUGAAUGAGUAGGUGUGUCCAAACACACACACACACACACACACACAGUUUGUGGUGCUGCGAAUAACUCACACUUUAAAUCUCCCCCCCACACUCAGGUACAGUAACAUCAUCCAUGUGUUUGUGCGCAUCUCUCGUGAGGAGGGUUUGAAGACGCUGUACCGUGGUUUCACCCCCACCAUACUGGGCGUGGUGCCCUACGCUGGACUCAGCUUCUUCACCUAUGAGACACUCAAGAAAAUGCAUGCAGGUACUGUAGUGUCUCAGCUGUCUAUCUGUCUGUCUGUCUUGUUUAGUCUGUCUGUCUCUCUAUCAGCAUACAGUGCAUAGCUAUAUGUAAAUAUAAGGUUUCCUACUAUGAACCCUGUCUCACCCAUCCCUGUAUCUCUCUCUCUCUCACCCACUCCCUCACUCUCACCCACUCCCUCCCUCCCUCUCACCCACUCCCUCACUCUCACCCACUCCCUCCCUCUCACCCACUCCCUCCCUCUCUCUCAACCACUCCCUCACUCUCCAGAGCGGAGCGGUCGCCCCCAGCCCUACUCGUACGAGCGGCUGGUGUUCGGGGCAUGCGCAGGUCUCCUGGGCCAGUCGGCCUCCUACCCGCUGGAUGUGGUGCGGCGGCGCAUGCAGACGGCGGGCGUGACGGGGCACACCUACGGCACCAUCAUGGGUACCAUGCGGGACAUUGUGGCGGAGGAGGGCGUGGUGCGGGGCCUCUACAAGGGCCUCAGUAUGAACUGGGUCAAAGGGCCCAUCGCCGUGGGGAUCAGCUUCACCACCUUUGACAUGAUGCAGAUCCUACUGAGGAAGCUGUACCAGCUGAGGUAUAAUAAC